AUGGAAGAUAUCAAAUCUAGUCCUCAUCGUGUGAAUCGGAAUCGGAAUUUGGACGAGAUUACAUGCAAAAAGAUGAAAAUUGAAGAGAAGAAGAGGAUGAGAUUUCGCCGUGAUGGGGAAGAUCGGGAUUCGGGAGAAAGCGGAGAAAGCGGUGAAAGAGGCGGCGCCGGUGAUGAAGGAGAUCGGGAUUCGGGAGAAAUCGGCGAAGGAGGCGGCGCCGGUGAUGGAGGAGGUGGGAAUUUGGAGAAAGCGGUGAAGGGAGAAAUCAGAAUGGCUUUAAUGGCGGAUUCGGGCAAAGCUACUUCAACGGUUUCUACACCGUUCGAAGCUAGCGCAGUAUCUCCUGUCAACGAUAUAAUCUCCAUCGGCAGCUUGUCAAUCGCUUCCUUCUUUGUGGCGGUAAUUUCAUGGCUUCCAAUCGAACAAGAUGCCGGCGGGAAUCGAGUUCCGACGAUCAUAUUCGAUGGCCAUCCUUACGUCUUCCAAGCUUUUGUCAUACUGAUUAUGUUUGGGUUUUCUACAUCUCUCGCCGCCGUGGUGUCUUAUAAGGGGCGGAAAUUAGCUAGGGUUUUGAGAUCUUGUUCGGUUGUUUGCUUAUCUUGUGCUGCCGCGGUUCUUCUAUCCGCUAUCUGUAAGGAUCUGUCUUCCGGGAAUUAG